UGGUUGAUCCAGAUCUACAUUGUACUCUACAUUACUGUGAACUAUAUUUGUAUUUAAAGUUUAGUACAAUACCUCUUAAAGAACUCGUAUCUUCGUGGAAACUUCUGGGUGGGUGGGUGUAGCCGGGGUAGAAACGGACCUCGAAAACGGCUCUAACGAGUUUCCUAGCAAUUUGAUAGUUGCUGUAUAUCGUUGGAAAAAGAAUUACUAUCUCGUUGGCCAAACUGAGAAAACUCUAGUUUGACCGUUAUAAUUUUUCAAAUUAAAAAAUUAAAUUUGGCUAGAGAACGCGAAAAUAUUUAUCUUAAGGGACUACACGUCUUCGGGCAUGUUUGCAUGCGGACAUUAUGAAUGUUCAAGUACAGUUUGCGUAUCGUCAUCUACGUCUAGGUAUAAAGAUAAAGACCCAUUUUUGGAGCUUUACAAAGUCUAGUAGAUCUAUAUAUUUGAUAAACAAGGGAUUCUUUCUGAUUGAGAAAUGGAAAAGCUGCCUAUUAAAAUUCGUCACCACAGAACUUGUUUUGCUAUCACUAUUUCGUUGAUGACAUUUGGGCCAUUCCUCUGGUUCGCCAUGUUCUCACCAAACACCAGAGUACAUCGCUUAGACGAAAACCAGAAAACUGACGAAAUGACAUUAUCCUGCAACAAUAAAAGCGAUUUCAAAGCUGUACGCCGGAAGCCUUCCAUUCUCGUCAAGUAUGACCAAAUCCAAACAAUGAAUGAGAUCAGAGGACUGAGGGGAAACUUUGUCUUGAGCAAGUCCCUGGGCACCUACCUCACCCCGCUGACUAAAGCUUUGACUGAUAUGACUGCAUUCAAUGACUCGAUCUCUGAGUACAUUCUAAGGUCUGGUCUAGGUCUCGAGUCUUACACAACUGAGGAAAAGGUAGACAUUUGGACAGAAAACGGAAUUCAGUAUCGACCAUUUCCAUAUUUGGAAAAGGCAGACAACCCAUUUUAUACUUCAGAUUUCGAAGCUUACGUCCCUUUUAAUAGAUUAUUAUUUUUCGAAAGAGAUGAGGAUAAGGCAUUACGUGACGUCCAACAGAAGAAGAUCAUAUUAUGGUGGCAACACAAGAUCGCACAGGCUCCAAUAGAUGGGCUCCAACCGCUGCGGGCAUGUCCAGACUUCCCUUGUGUUGUAACAUCGGAAAGGAACUAUACCGCAACGAGCAGCGCAAUGCUAAUCAAUGCUCAGUUCGUCAAUGGGGAAAGCCCUCCACAAAGACGAGCAGAUCAAGUACUUAUACAUUACCAGAUUGAAGCUCCGAUUGACUACUGGUUCUAUGGAGAUUUGUUUGCGACAGACAAUGGCUGGAACGGUAUUUUCAACUGGACCAUGUCUUACCGAAUGGACGCCGAUAUUACGACAUAUCACGGGGUUGUCAGGAGACGCCGUGCGGUCAGGCGGCGAAAUUACCGCGAGAUAUUAGCCAAGAAGACGGGAGUGGUGGCCUGGAUGGUGUCGAACUGUGAGACUAGCUCCAGGAGAGAAAAUUACAUCGCAGAGCUUCAGAAGUAUCUACAAGUGGAUGUCUAUGGUAAAUGUGGGAAGCAUAAAUGCCCCAGAAUAUGUGAUAGGCAAUGCCUUCAGGACAUCAACAAGAAAUACAAGUUUUACAUCGGGUUUGAGAGUAGUUUUUGUAGAGAUUACAUUACAGAAAAACUGUACAGAUACUUUGACACCGACAUGAUCGUAAUAGCUCAAGGUCACGACACCUACUCGCGACUUCUUCCGUCGGAGAUAUUUAUCAACACGGCCAACUUUAAAUCCCCUAAAGAGCUUGCUGAAAUGAUUCUCUAUCUCGACUCCCACGAUGAGGACUACAUCGCGAUGCUGAAAGAAAAAGAUAAGUAUGUGUCUUUGUACGAAGACUACCCGCUCUUAAGAGACGACAAUGAAUGGAUCGAGUAUCGCUACGAAGCUGUGCCCAUGUGUGAGCUUUGUAGACGACUCUGGAAUUUGAAGAAUUACGAAAAAGUUUACAAUGAUAUGUCGGCCUGGUUUUACAAGAAAGAGUAUCAAUGCCUUACCCCAAACGAUAUAGACAACAUGAGCAGUACCUGGCUACAUCACCUUCCAAUCUGCUGUCAACGGUCAAAGAAACUCAGGGCCCUAAUCCUUUCCAGACGACAAAGAUUCAGCAGAUGGAGAUUUAAGUUCAGCUCUGUGAUUUGCUUCGCUGCGUUGUACUGGAUGUCUACAUGUUCAUGCCAAAAGUCAGUAGUCAGACUAUUGAUCUAUGUUGAAUGUACUGAGAGACCUUCCAUUAUCUCAGGUCGUUGAAGAUGCCAUUGUUCGUCUGUUUUAAAACAGGAAACUUAAAUAAAAUUUGAAAAUCAAAAUCUUGAAGAAAACCUAAAGAAAAACAAACUUGAGUUGAAUGAACAUGAAAACCUAGAGACUGGUUAGCAAAGCGCUCGGCUUCCGAACCAAUGGGUCUCCAGUGAAGACUUGGACAAAGUUUUGCAAAAACACAAGUACUUAAGUUUAAGUAUUAACAAAUUAAUUUUGCACCUAGAGAUAUUUAAGACCCCCUUUUAAACCACUCUACUCUAAUGAGUACCUGGCAUCCGUUGGGGAAGUAAACGCGCUGGCAGCUUAACACCUUUGUUAACCGUCUGCCAUAGAAACAUGGGAAUUUAUAUCAUAGAUCGCAAGGUCUGAAGGGGGAAAACUUUGCAUUUUCAAUGUAAGUUUUGUAUGAUAUGACUGGUAUCAAUGACUGAGUCUUUACACUAAUGUUAGAGGGAAAUGAAAGGAAGACACUCUGACGUGCUAAGACACACGAGAUCAGCGUCCAACCUGCACUAAGGAGUGACUUGAAUAGAGGUAUUGUAAAAACAAUAGAUUGAAAGGAAAAAACGAACAAUUAGUGCCAUAUCUCUAAAUGCUGCAAAAUUAUUCUCAAUUUAUCUAAAUAAAAAAUCAAAUAAUUACUAGUAGCCUACUUAAUUAAAUUUGUUGUUAAUUUUUAAUUUAUUUAUUCCUGUUGAGUCAUCGACAAUGAAUAAAGGUGAAAAAGUUUCAACUUGAUCUCACAAAAGAAAGUGGGAGAAAUAACGAGUACAAGAUUUGUACCAGACAGACAGACAGAAUAAGUUGAUGAUUUCUACAAGAAAUAGAUCAAAUCUACAUUUUCUUUCAAAUGGUUUGUAAUGUAACCCAACAUAUUUUGACCUCGUGUAGAUGGUAACAUUUUUUAGAUUCAUUAAUUGAAUAUUUGUUUAGAUAUGAAAUACUGAUAGAGCUUUCAAGUAACUGAUAGCUUUUAGAACAAUAAUAAUAAGAAGAAUAAAUUAUCCUGAAUAUGCUCUAUUUUACGAAAGUUCAUUACUCAUAGCUCAGUAUUUCAAUGGUGCACAGAUAAUGUACAACAUUAUAUGUGGACUUUACUUAAGAAAAUUAGCUUCAUUUGUGAAAUAAUGUGAAUUUUGUAGCUGUAACAAUAAAAAACAAAUAUGUUUA